GGGAUUGUUUCAACCAAUCAGAUUGAGCCUUCUAAGGUGCAGAAAAAAACAGAAGUUGGCCUAUUGCCUCCUCGACCAGUAACGAAUGACAGCGUYAUGGAGGGUUCGUCUGUGUACAUGUGCUUUCCCUGCUACCAGGAGUUUAACACUCUUGAAGAAGUCCUCAAGCACCAGUUGACAUGUACUGCUGAAGAGGACCAAUCUGGCUCAUCUGGAGGCACUGCUGUCGCCAUUCCAGUGGAUCAGCCUCAGCAACAUGCAGUAAGUACAUCCCAGACAAUUGCACUCCCACAGAUUGCAGUACCCCAGAAUGCAGUCGCACAGAUUGAGGUCCAUGUGGGACAUCCCUCUCUGGAGCAAAUUAAGAGUGAAGUUGAUGAUUCCCAUGAGAAGAAACCACCAGACCAGCCCAGAAUCCUCUACCAGUGUGGGGAUUGUGAUGAACUUUUCAAGAGCCUUGACUUGUGGCAGCAUCAUCGUAAGGAAGGGGCGUGCCAAUGGGAUUCUUUAGCGAACAAGCCAACAACAGAUUCUCAUAAUGAAGCCCCGACCUUCUCAGCUGAGAGUCAAGCAGAACCUUUAAAUCCAGAUGAUUCAUCUCUGUCACAGAGUGAAAGUAGCAGAAAUCCUGAACCAAUGGAUGAGCAGACUGCACAGCCACCUUCACCUCAGAGCUCAGACGCUCCUGUUGCUGAGGCGGAUGCUUCAGCUUCUAAUUUAGAUGAUUCAUCUCCAAGAAGGAGGGGAGUAAAUAAAAAGCCUAAACCUGAACCGGUGCUGCUGUGCGUCGACUGUGGCUCAUGUUUCGGCCUGGUUUCUGAACUCGUAGCUCACCGCAAGACUCAGCACGGCUUUGAGGAAGCUCUGCACCGCUGCUCCAUGUGUGGAGAAAGCUUUUUGAACACCACACUUUUCCUCUAUCAUCGCAAACAGCACCGACAGAAGGGCGAGGAAACCGUGGAAGAUGUUCCCAAAAUGUCUUCCCCUAACAAUGCCAAUGACGUACCCUCUCCCUCCAGCACUGUGCUCUCCACGUUUACUCAACCCAAGUUGUUUUUCUGCACCCACUGCGGGCAGAGUUUCGGUGACGCCAGAGGACUCACCUCUCAUCGUAAAGAAAAGCAUGGCUUCAGUGAUCCACUGCACAGCUGCUCCCACUGUGAGGAGAGCUUCAUGAACACCACUCAGUAUCUGUAUCAUCGGCGUCAGCACCGUUUCUCACCAGCUACACAGGAAACAGAGGAAGCUGUUGGUGAAACAACCCCAGUUAACCGCGACAAUACCGUACAAACCGCAAAGAGACUGUUGUCUCCCUCUUCGGGUGAAUCUGGUUCCCCUGUUCCUAAGAGAGGCAGGCCUUCUUUCAGGAUUUUGAGUGCUUAUGCACUAGAAGGAAACAUUAGUUCAGGCACUAAAGAUGAAUCAGAAGCCAGCGGUUCAGCCGACUCGAACAACAUGAAUCACCAUCCACCUGCCAAGUUGCUACAGGAUUGGGCUCGAACGCCACUUCCCCACGUCUGCCCUUACUGUGGGCAAACCUUCACCCGGCGCGUCUUCCUCCGCACACACGUCUACAGUCACACCGGAGAGAAGCUCUUCACGUGCAAGGUGUGCUCGAAGUCGUUCACCAACUCCCAGAGCCUGCUGCGACACAGCCUGAACCACACAGGCAACAAGCCCUUCUGCUGCGACGUUUGUGGCAAAGAUUUCGCCCAGGCAGCCACCCUGAAAAGACACCAACUCAUUCACACGUCAACGGAGCCUCCGCGCAGGCGAGGACGCAAACCGGUUUGUUCCUUGGACAUUGAAGGAAGUGCUCAACUCUUCUCUUGUCCAAGCUGUCCUUCACGAUUCAACACUGAGGAUCAGCUUAACCACCACAAAUUGCUCCACACUAACCAUCCGUUCCCCUGUCCCGACUGUGGAGAGGCUUUCAAACGCAGGAAAGACUUGGACCUGCACUCUCUCAUACAUCAAGACAAGCAGCCGGUGGCAUGUCCGCACUGUUCAUCCCCGUUUAUCAACCAGUCCGUGCUGGAUUGUCACCUGCAGCGUUGUCCUGUCACCGAAGAUGAAAAGAAUGUCGGCCGUGGACAAGGGCAGGGCCGUGGACGUUCCACUGGACAGAUGGAGUGCGACCUUUGUGGCCACCGUUGCAUGACUCAAGAAGGCCUCGACCUCCAUCGAUUGUCGCACACAGGCCAGACACCUCUGAAAUGCCCAGUGAGGCCCUGCCGCCGCCGAUUUACCUCCAACAGUACCCUGGAGGAGCAUGUGCUGGCUCAUUUCCAAGGAACGCUCUCCAAGUCCAAAAACCGACCCCGCUUCCACUGCGAGAUUUGCCURAAGGAAUUUUCCUACCAAUCCACCUUCAGUGUUCACAUGAGGACACACACUGAUGAGAGGCCCUUUGAG